CAGAAAAUAGCUUAAUAUGACCUGACCAACGGGAAAUGUGGGAAAGAAAGUAGCUAAAUGGGACCUGACCAACGGGAUAUUGGGCACAGAAAAUAGAUUAAUGGGACCUGACCGACAGGAAGUGGGGCACAGAAAAUAACUAAAUGGGACCUGACCGACGAGAAGUGGGGCACAGAAAAUAGCUCAAUGGGACAUGACCAUCAGGAAGUGGGGCACAGAAAAUAGCUAAAAGGGACCUUACCAACAGGAGAAGUGGGGCACAGAAAAUAUCUAAAUGGGACCUGACCAACAGGAAGUGGGGCACAGAAAAUAGCUUAAUAUGACCUGACCAACGGGAAAUGUGGGAAAGAAAGUAGCUAAAUGGGACCUGACCAACGGGAUAUUGGGCACAGAAAAUAGAUUAAUGGGACCUGACCGACAGGAAGUGGGGCACAGAAAAUAACUAAAUGGGACCUGACCGACGAGAAGUGGGGCACAGAAAAUAGCUCAAUGGGACAUGACCAUCAGGAAGUGGGGCACAGAAAAUAGCUAAAAGGGACCUUACCAACAGGAGAAGUGGGGCACAGAAAAUAUCUAAAUGGGACCUGACCAACAGGAAGUGGGGCACAGAAAAUAGCUAAAUGGGACCUUACUAACAUGAGAAGUGGGGCACGAAAAAUAGCUAAAUGGGACCUGACCAACAGGAAGUGGGCACAGAAAAUAGCUUAAUAGGACAUGACCAACGGGAAGUGGGGCACAGAAAAUAGCUUAAUAUGACCUGACCAACGGGAAAUGUGGGAAAGAAAGUAGCUAAAUGGGACCUGACCAACGGGAUAUUGGGCACAGAAAAUAGAUUAAUGGUACCUGACCGACAGGAAGUGGGGCACAGAAAAUAACUAAAUGGGACCUGACCGACGAGAAGUGGGGCACAGAAAAUAGCUAAAUGGGACCCAACCAACGGGAAGUUGGGCACAGUGUGAUAAGCGAAACAUAAAGAUUACAUCCCCCAUUUUGUAAAUGUACCUGGUAAUGAUGAUUUUCGAUCAAAACCAAUCUAUGUACUUAGAUAACAAUAAGUUCAAAGAUAUUAAUAGACUGACAGGUGAAUGCUGGUCCACAACAUACAUGUAAGCUGAGGCCUGUUUAUCUUUAAAUGGCCAAUCCGUAUACGCCAAAUCAAACACCUACACUUGUACUUUGUAUACGUCACUUCCGGUAACGAGGGAACAUUCUGUCAGGUGACAUAUCUUUCCAAUCAAAUCAACAUGGCUGAGACAAAACAAUCCAGCUCGCAAGUUACUGGUGAUACUGCAAGCUGUUGUAACACAACGGAACCUGAUGUCGAUGACGUCAGAGGUAACCUCGUGUCAGAGGAAUCUACAACGUCACUUACUGUUGACCCGUUCCUGAUAGAAUGUCCUAUAUGUCUGGAGCAGCUAGUCCAGCCCAAGUCCCUGCCGUGUCUACAUACAUUCUGUCUCAAGUGUCUGUCAGAUUGUAUCAUAAAAAACGAUAACCCGACCACAUUUCCUUGUCCCAUAUGCAGGAAAGUCACCAUGCCUCCAGAUUCAAGCUUGGAUAAAGGCACAUGGGCUGCAGAGUUCCCGACAAACAAUCUGAUUGUUGAGAUGAUAAAAUACACUCAGCACACUGCCACUGGGAAACUGUGUGAUCCGUGUAGGAGGCGGACGGACAGACAGAGCCCUGCUGUCCGGUGGUGUAGGAUAUGUAGUGUAUAUCUGUGCCAGAACUGCGAGGACGACUUCCACGGAUUUCUUCACUCGAAUGUGGAAACCUUACAUGUUAGUGAGCUCAACCAAUCGCCGUUAAAGGCAAAUACGGCUUUAAUUAGAUGUAGCAAGCAUAAGAAGAAAAUGAGUUUGUUCUGUGAGGACCACCAGGCUCUGUUGUGCAGUCUAUGUGUAGCAGUCUCUCACAGAACAUGUUGCAGCGUACUUACGCCGCCCGAGUACGCCCAGAAACUCACAAGCGAUACCGUCAUCAGGACACGCCUGGCUAAGGGUGAGCACGUGAUGGACGCUCUCGUGAAGGAUUUCAGCACCCAGCUGGAGUUGCUGGAACAUAAUAAACAGGAAGCAGAACAUAGUAUUUCUGAAGAAAGCCAAAACAUAAACAACAUCGUCAAAAGGUUACACGAUCAAUCCAUGAGCAAACUAAUAGGAGUUUACAAAGAACAAAAGGAACGUCUCGAGACGUCAAUACAGCGGUGUAAAAGUCUCAAGAACAGUAUGACCAACACCGGCAAGGUAUCGGGGGUGAUAUCGUCUGGGUCAGACAGUAUCCAGAAGAUUUCUAUUUACCAGCGAGGCAAGGCCGAAAUAGAGUCGUGCACACAAGUCGUCCAUGACCUUGUGCGACCCUUUGAGGGAAAGGUUUUAAGUUUUGAACCAGUCGGUCUUCAUGAAAAAAUUAAAUAUGUUGAGUCAUUGGGAAAGAUAAGCGUAAUCAACCAGAUCCGGGAUUAUCCUUCAGCUGUGGACAAGUGGCUCCCUCUGUCGGACAGAAUCGCUACACAUCACAGCACAGUCUCCGUCAAACUGGACGCAGACAAGCAGAUCUGUUCAGUAAGAGAUGUUAUGUGGUUUGACGAUGACGUCAUCCUUCUCACAGAUGCAAACAACAAGAAGGUGAAACUGUUCGCUGAAAAUGGAGAUUUUAUUGACUCGCUGAAUCUUGCAGACCGACCCUGGGCUGUGUGUAAACUGCCAGGGAACAGAGCAGCGGUGACGAGACCUGAUUCUAAAACAAUUUCAGUCAUUAUGGUGGAAGAGAAAAUGACAAAACAAACACAUGACAGCGGUGUUGACAGCUGUGUCGACGUCGGUCAGGAGUCCUCCAAACCAGAGUUGAGUUCAGACUCGAGUGACUGUGAAGCCCGCGAACUGGUUCCCGAUGGAAACGAGGUAGCUCCCAGUCGUAAGAGGAAUACUGUACUGAGACUAGAAAAAGAUAUCGUGAUCGACCGACCUUGUUAUGGCGUCUGUUACGUUGGGGACAAGUUUAUCGUCAGUAAUGGAAGACAGAGUCCGUACCAGGUGUACAGUGUGAUGCCGGACGGACGGACAGACCUUAUGAUGGAACACGAGUCACCAUCUUACUAUAUCACCGGGGACAUAACCCAGCCUAAUGUCCUAGUCAGUUUGAUCAGCUCCAUCCCUGGUAACGCCGCCAUAUACCGCAUGCCAGGUGUCCAUCCUCAUGAUCGCGCCAACGUUAACGUUUCAGUAUCACCCGUCACGGGAGGCAGCCUGACCAACGCACAUGGCGUGGACGUUGACCGUGAAGGAAAUGUAUACAUGUGUUGUGGUGGACUUCCGGGGCUCGUGCAGGUGACGGUGGAAGGUGGGACAGUCAGGGAACUUGUUGGGGUCGUGCAGGGCGUCAAGGACCCCCGGGCUGUAGCGAUGAUACAGAAUAAAGUCGUGCUCGCCGACGUCGAUAAAGCUAAUGCCAACAGUAUCAAAAUAUUCCACCUCCGCUGAGAUAACGCGGCUGUUUUAGAUGUCUUUUCGGCAACGUCGUUCAAUGUUUACGUACUCGUUUUCGGGCCUAUACGAUAGGACUACAUUUAAGGAUUGAACGUUUGUCAUAUUGGAGUUACAGCCAAUGUGAAUACAAUCUGGGUGACAGAUCAAUAGAAUGGGUGACAGAUAAAUAAUCAUGACGACCUAACGGACGUCAUGAUUAUUUAUAUGUCUCCCAGAUUGCAUUCAUAUUAGCUGUAACUGCAAUCUGACAGACAUUUCCUCAUACGACCUGUCUUUUAUUUAUUAGUUGGAAGAGCUUUAUUCAUAUUUCCUGCUAUCGCAAAACCUCAGUGAUCCAACUCUUGGAACAGCCGGCAGACGGCCAUUAUCGGACAGAAAACUUUCAAAACAACGGUCGCCAUUAAAAAAUGUAACCAGGCGACAAUUGUUAAAUGCAGUUAAAUGCGUUAAGUGUAUGUGCAGAACAUUCUAAUACAAAAGUAAGAACUUACCGUCCUAUUCUGGAUGUCUUCUUUGUCUGCAAAACCCAACAAGAUGGCGGCUAUCGUAUCGGUGGGAGUGGUUGCUAACACUGACGUCACGGAAACCAGAUAAUGCAGACUGUAGUUACUAUCCAUUAACUGCAGACUAACUUAUCAUAACGAUAGAACGGUCUACGUGUAGGUAACGAUAGGUGUGAGGGAACCUGUUCCUAAAGAAUGUUGCCAUAUGUUGUUUUUCCUCUGUUCAUUUAUUUCUUACGUACAAAUAAUUUG